GAGAAAAGUUAUACAAUAUUCCUAGGAUUAAAGAUAUUGCUAAAAAUGGAAGCACAUAAUGCUACAUUCUAUCCGAGAGAAGCCACGAUAUUAGCUGCAGUCUGCGCGUGUGUGUUCAGCGUGGUUGGUGUGGUUGGUAACCUGAUAACCACGACAGCUCUACUAAUGCACCCGAAGUUGCGCGGCCACGUGACUACCAUGUUCGUACUCUCCCUCUGCGUCUCCGACCUGCUGUUCUGCAGCAUUAACCUGCCCCUCACCGCGAACCGGUUCAUCCGCCAGGAGUGGGGCCUUGGCGAGAAACUCUGCCAGAUGUUCGCAUUCGUCUUCUAUGGGAAUGAAGCGGUGUCACUGUUAUCUAUGGUCGCUAUUACGAUCAACAGAUAUACGCUGAUAGCUUACUACGACAUGUACACGCAGAUAUACACCACCACCAAGAUCUGGAUACAGCUGCUGUUAAUAUGGAUUGUCUCUUUUGGCUUUAUGGUGCCUCCACUUCUAGGCGUAUGGGGUCAACUGGGUUUCGACCCAAAAACCUUCUCCUGUACAAUCCUCCCGAAGAACUCCAAAUCACCGAAGAAGUAUCUCUUUGUGUUUGGCUUCGCGUUGCCGUGCCUGGUCAUCAUUGUGUCCUACUCUUGCAUAUAUUGGAGGGUGAGGGAGAGCAAGAGAAAGCUAGAGGGCCGCAGUAAACUAAGCGGCCAGACAGCAAAAGAGAAAGAAGAAGACUCGCGCCUAACAACUCUGAUGCUGACCAUCUUCCUCUGCUUCCUUGCCUGUUUCUUACCUCUGAUGAUUAUGAACGUAGCCGACGACGGCAUUACGUACCCUUGGCUCCAUAUAAUAGCGUCUAUUUUGGCUUGGGCGUCGAGUGUUAUCAAUCCAUUAAUAUAUGCAGCCACGAACCGCCAGUAUCGGGCUGCAUAUGGGAAUCUAUUGAAGUUUUGUAAAAAUAAUCCUGUAACUAGAAGGACCACUUGGGGCAGCAGAACUGUGGGACAGUCCUCCAACUCGCCGCAAUAUGGAGACAAGGAGAAAAGGAAUCAUCACAAAGAGCCCGCUAGAUUAUGAACACAUGUGAUUUAAUGUCAUAAUUAAAAAAAGGACCAAUCUGCUAAUGUGAUUAUACUUAAAAUGAUAUAUUAUUCGAUGAUAAUUAUUAUUAAUUAGGUAUAAUGUUUUCAAUUAUAGCUGUAUAGGGUUGUAACUAGGCCUCUAAGUAUAUAGAAGAAACUCAAAAUACUUAACAUACGUACCUACCUACCAUUUAUGUUAAAACAAAUUGAGUUAAUCUUAUAAUAAUUAAAAAAAUACUUUAUCAAAAUAAUUUUAUUAUUAUUAUAAAAAAAAUAUAUGAUAUAAUUUAUAUUAAAAACAUUGUCACUAAGCAUAUAUCAAUGCCAUUUCUAUUUUCGUACAUAUCGUAAAAAUAUGUAUUUUUUUAUUUUCUAUUAUUUAACUAUGCCAUAAUGAUUUAUUUUGCCUCCAAACAAUAUAUCGUCUAUAUUAUCAAAAUAUUUAGAAUUGGGCAACACCUUAAGCACCACGACGACAACAGUACUUACCUAUGCCAUCAUAGAAUUUA